GGGUGAUGACGGGGGAUACCUCUGAGACCCCUGUGCCCGAGUUGCAGGUCGAGGAGGAGAGCGAGCUGCCUGUUAUCCAGCUGUGCGGGCUGGUGGAAGAGCUCAGCUAUGGAAACGCUGCUCUCAAAACUGAGACAGAGAUGUUUGAGAAAUAUUACAAUAAACUGGAGACCAGGGAUCAGCGACCUCCACGAUUAUCAGAAAUUAAAAUAGCAGGAGUAGAUUUUGCACAGUUACGAGGCAGGCGUAGAUCGAAAUCCCACGUAGGUAUAGAACGUAUGGUGGGCCUCAGUGUCGACCAAAAAUGCGAGCUUGUACAAAAGGAACUGGAAGACAUGAAGGAAGAAAUAAGGCACAUGAGAGCAAACGCUGAACGGGAUAUGCAGCAUCAAGAGGCUAUCAUUGAGGAAGCGGAAAUUCGAUGGACUGAAGUUAAGCGAGCAGUGCAUGAGUUUGAAAAAGAUAUUCUAAAAAACAUACCCAAGAAGAAAGGGAGUAUUUUGGCCACUCAGAAAGUGAUGAAGUACAUUGAGGAUAUGAACCGCCGGAGGGACAAUAUAAAGGAUAAAUUACUUUUGAAAAAUGUGUCUCUCAAAGUCCAGAAGAAAAAGAUGCUUUUACAAUUAAGGCAGAAGGAAGAGGUGGGUGAGGCCCUCCACGAAGUUGAUUUUCAGCAGCUGAAGAUUGAGAAUGCUCAAUUUUUAGAGACGAUUGAAGCAAGGAACCAAGAACUGAUCCAGCUAAAGCUGGCAUCUGGAAACACCCUGCAGGUCCUCAACGCAUACAAAAGCAAGCUACACCGAGCAAUGGACACGUCCAUCAAUCUGAGCAAGGAGCUCUUGCUGCGAAAUGAGUUACUUGAAAAAAUUGCAAGAGAAACCCUACAAGUAGAGGAGGACCGGGCCAAAGCCGAGGCUUUCAACAAGCAGCUCCGGAAGCAGCUGGCUGAGUUCCGAGCGCCACCGGUGAUGGUGUACGUCCGGGAGAAGAUCCUAAACGGGGACCUGGAGAAGACCGUCAAGACGUGGGAAAGGAAGGUGGAGAUUGCAGAGAUGUCCCUAAAAGGCUAUCGAAAGGCUUGGAAUAAAAUGAAAACAACCACUGAGCGGUUGCAAGCAAUUUGCUCCCCUGGGAAAUAGCCAGAGAGAGGCCAUGGCUGCAGAACACAAAGUGAUCCAUUAAAGUA